CUACAUUGACAGAGAAAGUUUAGGGGAUACGAACUAGUUCAACUAUCCUCAGAAAAGGAAAGGUCACGAUUCGACCGGCGACAGCCAUAGUUUUAUGUGUAACUAACGUCGAAUUUUGAAAUGGCUGCUAAAAGGAUAGCAACAUCGGCUGUUGACUGGAAAGCAUUUGCAGAGAGAGUCCCUGAAAAUCAGAAGCAGCUGUUCCAGGCUUUUAGAACAAAAGCAGAGACUUAUAUUAGCAAUACGCAGUAUUGAAUAUUCCAUUUCCCAAGGACAAUGUCUCGCCGCAGAUUGACGAGCAGCUAAAACAACAGGAAGUCGAAAGGCAGAAUUUCAACAAGCAAUCGAAUCAGAGGAUUGAGCAAUACAAAAAAGAGCUCGCCAAAUGGGAGAGCAUGCUCCCCGUUGAGACGAUGACGAUGGAGGAGUUUGGCCAGCAGUUCCCCGGCGAACAGUGGUCCCAGGACAAACCGACCUGGUACCCGCACAACGAGAUCGCGAGCACCCCAGAGUCGGACGCCAAGCGGCAGCAGACCACCUCCCAGUAGGUGGCGCUCUGCGUCGACAGCGAGCGUCGCCGGGGGGAGAGCCGAACCUGGGUUUUUUUCUCGUCAUCGCGGAUGCGCGCAUUGUUAAUAAAAGCCGGUGGAAGAAUCGCGUGCGUUUGUUCGAUCGCAUUGCGGCUCUCGCUUUCUUAUGAGCUAGUAACAUUUGCCAGUGAUAGAUAUUGUAGGGACUGAUGGGUUGGGAAAGAGUGGGUGUCUAUAUCUAGCUAUUCCAACACACUUCUGAAUGAUUUUCGAUUAACUGCGAAAUUAAAUGGGAUUGAAAUUGGGUUUCAAAAGCAUUACAUGCUCGAAAGAUGCAGAAAAAAGUUCUUUGAGUCUAAAUGGUAUUCAAAUAGGUCAUUGUUAUUGUUGUUCGUUGUUAUACUCGUAUCUGAUCGUAGUGUAACACGUAGUAAUAAAGUUUUGUGAGACAUUAAAGUUGUUCUUAAGGC